UCUUGUUUUUAGUUGUAUUUGGUGUUUCCAUACGGUCGUACACACUUGAAUUUUCAUCGGAUCAGCUCAAGCGCGAACAUACGUAACACAGUUUAACGGUGGUAAAAAAUAUUUUUUUUCUUUACAAGACAACAAAGCAUUCAGCGUUGGCCAUAAAAUGCUGCGAACUGUGUUUAUUUUUGGUCUAAGCGUUCAAUUGUUGAUCUUGUCGGUUUUCGCUUUGGAUAUCACACAAUUUCCAGAUGACAAUGAACACUUCAAUCGAACGCUGGCCGGUAUUAUGCGUCCCAGAGUGGUGGGUACGGCGGGCCAUAGAAAAGUGGAAAAUUUUAUAAAGAGUGAACUGAAAACACUAGGCUUCAACACGGAAGUUGAUCAAUUUUCUGAACGAGUUCCCAUAUUUGGCAAUGUGACUUUCACAAACAUUAUUGGUGUUUUAAAUCCCCGCGCACGCGACUUUCUGGCAUUAGCUUGCCAUUAUGAUAGCAAGUACUUUCAAGAUGAUCCUGGUUUCGUGGCCGCUAUAGAUUCCGCCGUGCCAUGUGCAAUUAUGUUAAAUACCGCUAAGACUUUAUCCUCAUAUUUGCAUGGAAAUUUCAAGGACCGCACAGAUAUUGGUUUAAUGUUGAUAUUUUUCGAUGGUGAAGAAGCUUUCAAGGACUGGUCAGACACCGAUUCAAUAUAUGGCUCACGUCACUUGGCAACCAAAUUAUCCAAUACUCGCUCUUCAACUGGUUCGGGCAGUAGCAUUGACCGAAUUGAAGUUUUAGUGCUGCUCGAUUUAAUUGGCGCUGCCAAUCCCAAAUUCUACAGUUUUUUCCCGAAUACUCAUGGCUUACACCAUAGUUUGUCUGAAAUUGAAUUGUCUCUAUCAGCGACGCGUCAGCUUGAAGGAAAAAGUUUAAUGUUUAUGCGGCGUCCAUCUACAGGGUUCGUCGAUGACGACCACAGACCAUUUUUACAACGAAAUGUGCCGAUUUUGCAUCUUAUAACUACACCAUUUCCGCCGCAAUGGCACACACCAAACGAUAAUGCGGAAAAUUUACAUUGGCCAUCAAUACGAAAUUUUAAUAAAAUUUUCCGCACAUUUGUUUAUGAAUAUCUGAAUCGUCACAAAAAACAAGUAAAUUUACGUGCCGCUUUGCGUUAACUACAAAUGUAUAUAUGCACAAAAGAUAUAUAAAUUAAUUUCUGUAUAAAUAUAAAAUAAAAUAUUAAAAAAAAAAAUAAGUUUCA